GGGUGCGCUGGGAAAAGGGGGCGGGGUCCUCAGAGCUGCCGCGCUGGCACAUCUUCCUGGAGGAGGGGAGGGUGCGGCUGCAGAGAACUGAGACCUAGAGACUGAAUUUCUGUAUCUGAGAACCUACUGGUUGGGGCUCAGGAAGGGGCUGGACAUUGGGGCCCUAUAGAAGGUGAGGAUCAGCUUCUAGGCAGAACAAGAGAGACGACGUUCAGCGGGCUCUCCACUUGACUCAGGCCUUCUCUUCAAACUCAGGUUUGCCAGGUGAACUUGAGACAUGUCUGACACAAGCGAGAGUGGUGCAGAUCCAGCUCGCUUUCAGGGCAAAGCGUCAAAAAAGGACAGCGGCUCCAUGAUGCAGGACCUGUUGACCGUGACCCAGAAGUUGGAGGUCUCAGAGACACCAAAGCCUGAAAAGGCACCGGAGGUCUCAGAGGCUGCAAAGGUUCCAGAAGCCACUGGGAACCCGAAGGCCACAGAGGUCUCAAAGGCUCCAGAGGCUCCUGAGGUAGCUGCCACCCAGGCCUCACCUCCCACACAGCUGACUGAUACCCAGCAGGUUCUGGCAGCUGUAAACAAGAGUCCAGCCGCUGACACCAAGACGCAGAAGGCUGACCUGCAGGCUAUGACAGUGCCUGCAGCCCAAACCAAAAACGCCAGCUGUGUUACUGACCCAAAGGGCAGUACAAAAGCUCCGGAGACUGAGGCUGCUGCCUCUAAGCCUGGGGCAGAUGAACCAGAGCCUGAGGGUGCAGCUGUUCAGGUUCAGGAGAAUCAGGAUACUCGGCCCAAGGUCAAAGCCAAGAAUACCCAAAAGUUCUUGUAUCCACAGAGCUCUCAGGCUGGUGGGAAGAUGAGGCAAGAAUAUACACAGUUGCAGUCUGAAUGUGAUAAGGUGAAACACCUGGAUGGGGAAGAAGAUGGCAACAGUGAUCAGAGUCAGGCUUCAGAAACCACGGGUGGUCGAAGGGUCUCAAAGGCCCUAAUGGCCUCCAUGGCCCGCAGAGCUUCAAGGGGACCUAUAGCCUUCUGGGCCCGCAGGGCAUCAAGGACUCGGUUGGCUGCUUGGGCUCGGAGAGCUUUGCUGUCCCUGAGGUCACCUAGAGCACGGAGAGGCAAGGCCCGAAGAAGAGCUGCCAAGCUGCAGUCAUCCCAAGAACCUGAAGCACCCCCACCCAGAGAUGUGGCUCUUUUACAGGGGAGGGCAAAUGAUUUGGUGAAGUACCUGUUAGCUAAAGAUCAGACAAAGAUUCCCAUCAGGCGCUCAGAUAUGCUGAAGGACAUCAUCAAAGAAUAUACUGAUGUAUACCCUGAAAUCAUUGAACGAGCAGGCUAUUCCUUGGAGAAGGUAUUUGGAAUCCAACUGAAAGAAAUUGACAAGAGUGACCACUUGUACAUUCUUCUCAGUACCUUAGAGCCCACUGAUGCAGGCAUACUGGGAACGACCAAGGACUCACCUAAGCUGGGUCUCCUCAUGGUGCUUCUUAGCAUCAUCUUCAUGAAUGGAAAUCGGUCCAGUGAGGCUGUCAUCUGGGAGGUGCUGCGCAAGUUGGGGCUGCGCCCUGGGAUACAUCACUCACUCUUUGGGGACGUGAAAAAGCUCAUCACUGAUGAGUUUGUGAAGCAAAAGUACUUGGACUACGCCAGAGUACCCAAUAGCAAUCCUCCUGAGUAUGAAUUCUUCUGGGGUCUACGAUCUUACUAUGAGACCAGCAAGAUGAAAGUCCUCAAGUUUGCUUGUAAGGUACAAAAGAAGGAUCCCAAGGAAUGGGCAGCUCAGUACCGAGAGGCAAUGGAAGCAGAUUUGAAGGCUGCAGCUGAGGCUGCUGCUGAAGCGAAGGCGAGGGCUGAGAUUAGAGCUCAGAUGGGCAUCGGGCUUGGCUCUGAGAAUGCUGCUGGGCCCUGCAACUGGGACGAAGCUGAUAUUGGACCCUGGGCAAAGGCCCGGAUCCAGACAGGAGUGGAAACUAAAGCCAAAGCCCAAGGAAGUGGUGGCACCAGUGCCAGUGCCAGUACCAGUACCAAUGUUGGUACUGGUGGCAGUGCCAGUGGCAGUGCUGGUGCCAGUGGUGGCUUCAGUACCAGCUCCAACCUGACUGCCACUCUCACAUUUGGGCUCUUCGCUGGCCUUAGUGGAGCUGGGGCCAGUACCAGCAGCAGCCCUGGUGCCUGUGGUUUCUCCUAUAAGUGAGAUGCAGAUAUUGCUAAUAACUCCAGCAUCGUCUUCUCAAGCCAGGGUGCGCUCUCAGAAACGUACUCAACCCAGCACUCUAGGCAGCCACUAUCAAUCAAUUGAAGUCGACACUCUGUAUUAAAUCAAUUUGCCAUUUCUGA